AUGGUCCACACCAUGGUGCUCAUCACCAGCUGUUCCUCCGGCAUCAGCCUGCACUUGGCAGCCAGCACCCAGGGGUGCCCUCAGAACUCCCUGGAGACGUUGCAGCUGGACGUAAGUGACUCAAAAUCUGUGGUCGAUGCCCAGGCAUGCGUGACCGAGGGCCGCGUGGACAUACUAGGUGAGCCUCCAGAAACACUUGGGCUCCUAGGAGCCUUCUUUACCCUGCGUUCAAACCACCAAGUCCCAAAGCCCAGGGAGCACGAGGGCACAGGCGGGGCUGAGGGUGAUGCUGAGGCUGCUCCAGCCUCAGUCCCCACAGUGUGUAACGCGGGCCAGGAACUGCUGGGGCCGCUGGAGGCGCUGGGGGAGGACGCCAUGGGCUCUGUGCUGGAUGUGAACGUGGCAGGGAAGGUGCAGAUGCUGCAGGCUUUCCUGCCAGAGAUGAAGCUGCGCGGUUCGGGGCGCAUGUUGGUGACCGGGAGCAUGGGAGGACUGAUGGGUGAAUGGCAGGUACAGGGCCGCAGCUCUAGAUUCUUCGAGUGUGGAGCUGAGCCUUGA